AUGCCACAAAAUUUGUCAGCCAUUUGGGAUCUUCUAUAUGAAUAUUUGUCUUCGGGGCAACAGCAAACUUUGGUGCAUGAUUUUUUAACGGUGACGGUUUUCUUUCUGAUAACUUUACAAACUGGUUUGCAGCAGCACACAGUGGUACGUACACAACAUCGUGGACCACAACAACAAGGACCACAGCAUGAAUCACAGCAAGGAUCACAGCAAGAGCCACAGCAAGAACCACAACAAGGAUCACAACAUGGAUCACAGCAUGAACUACAGCAUGAAUUACAGCAAGGACUGUUGCAACAACCACAACCACAACCGCAUCCACAACAUGAUGAACGACAACAGGCUGGCAUAUUAAUAGUAAUAAUGUGA